UGGGGUGGGGUGGCUGUUAGGAAUGGGAUUAUGUUGUGGAGUUAGGCCGGCCGAAAAUUUCAUAUAUACUUCCGGCCUUUGUAACCCACCCCCUCACGUCUUUUGUGUGGGUGUCUGGGGGUUGAAAGAGGAGUGAGCGAGCCUAGCUGCCCCCUUGCCCCCGUCCAGGGUUCGCGUGCCUGAAAGAGAAAGUCAAGAGCUGGAGUUUGAUUCCUUCAAGUGGCACCCCCUGAAUCUAGAUGAUGUCUGCAAAAUCCAGGGAGGUUGCAUCCCUGACCCCUGGACCUCCACAGGAAGAGAGACCUCUGAAAAUGGAACUGGGAGGGGUUUGUGCCUGGGAACAGGAACCAGACCUACAGUGGAACACACCCUUUGAUGGGGAGAUUUUUCGCCAGCGUUUUAGGCAUUUCUGCUAUGAGGAGACUCCUGGACCACGUGAAGCUCUGAACCAACUCAGAGACCUUUGUCAGAAGUGGCUGAGACCAGAUAUUCAUACAAAGGUGCAGAUCCUAGAGCUACUAGUGCUGGAGCAGUUCCUGACCAUCCUGCCUGAAGAACUACAAGCCUGGUUGCAGGAGCACCAUCCAAAGAGUGGGGAACAGGCAGUGACUAUGUUGGAGGAUUUAGAGCAAGAGUUUGAUGAGUCAGAUCAGCAGGUUAGAGACUCUACCUACAGAAAAGAGGAGAUUUUGGAGGAGUCAACAUUUCUAGGAACAUUACAGAAGUCCUCUUGUGUUCAGCUCCAGGCUUUGGAGGCCCAGGUCAAAUGUGAGUCAACAGAAUCCUACUUCCAGUCACAAAGAGGUGGUGAUAAUCAGAGUGAGGAACACUUAACUCCAAAGCAGGAAAUUUCUACAGAAAAAGAACUACAUGAGGAUGUCUCUGGAAAUAUUAAUGGCAAUAUUCCACAGGUUUCAGAAUGUGAUAAACACCAUAAGGGUAGACUGAGAAAAAGGAAGGAAAAUCUGCUGGGCCAGAGACAACAUAAAGAUAAUGAAUGGGAGAAAAAUUUCACUUGGAGCUCAGGCUUUAUUAGGAAUCAAAGCACCUACUCUAUAGAAAAACCUUAUGGGUGUGAUACAUGUGAGAAAGCCUUCAGUCAGAGCUCACAUCUUCUUAAUCACCAGAGAAUUCAUACUGGGGAGAAACCCUAUGAAUGUCAGGAGUGUGGGAAAGCCUUCAAUUAUAGCUCACACCUUAUUCUACAUCGGAGAAUCCAUACUGGGGAGAAGCCUUAUGAGUGUGUUGAGUGUGGGAAAUCCUUUAGUCAAAGUUCAAGCCUUAUUCAGCAUCAGAGAAUCCACACUGGAGAGAAACCCUAUCCGUGUAAUCAAUGUAGUAAAAGUUUCAGUCGAAGCUCAAACCGUAUUUUACAUCAGAGAAUACACACGGGAGAGAAACCUUAUGAAUGUGAUAAGUGUGGGAAAGCCUUCAGACAGAAAUCUGCCCUUGUUCUACAUCAGAGAAUCCAUACUGGAGAGAAACCUUAUGAAUGUGAAGAAUGUGGGAAAGCCUUCAGUCAGAGUACAAACCUUAUUAAACAUCAGAGAAGCCACAGUGGAGAAAAAAUCCUUUCAGCAUCAUGAGUUUGGGAAAACUUUUAGUCAGAACUCAGGUCUUUGUUAUCAAUAGAAAAAAAACACUGGAGAAAAAUUCCUUGACGUAAUCACUGUAGUUUAAAAUGUCAUUCAUAGUUUUCCUAUUUGAACAGUAUAGAAGCCCCUCCAGACAGAAGGUCUAUUAGUAUAACAAAUAAAGAAAAAAUGUUAAAAAAAAACAUUGAAAUCUUGUCUAGCAGUCUUAGUAAUGGUUUGCAAGUCAGUCAAUAAACAUUGAGGAUCUA